AGGCACCGGGGGGCCAGGAAUUAGGAUUGCGAUUUUUUAUCCUGAUCACGCAAACAGUAGCUGAACGCUGCUAAAACUCCAGCUUUAAAUAACACGAGUGUUAGCUUACAUACCAAGAAAGCAGACUCUGGAAACUGGAUCCCGUCCUCUCCCUGCUCCCCAUCGCCCUUGGCUCCGUGCUUGGCUGGAGCCGUGCUUCGCGGUGUUGCACCUGGGCUUAAAGCCCACGGGUUGCCAAGAGGCGUGGGGCACGCACAGAUGUAGGUCCGUGGGUCAGGGUUUGACCCCCUGUCUCUCAGCCCAAUGGCAUGGCCACAAUGCACAUCACCAGCACGCACCUCCUGCCCAUCCAGCCCCAUUUCGGCACUGAUGUGCAACCCCAAUCCCAGCCCCAGCGGCUCAUCCUGGCCUUGGUCUCAUCUUUCUACCAAGGGCUUGCUCUCCUUUGGGGAUCUAUUCACAGCCGGCAGCUGCAGUGGUGCAGCAGAGCGAGCUCCCCGUGCCCUCACCUAAUUUUAGCAGCCGUGGGCCACCCGCUUCUGGGAAACGCAACCUGAGCCCCAGCGGCACCGCAGCACACAUCCCAAGCGCUCCUCCCCAUGCAGCAUCCCUUCCCUGUCACCCUCCGUGUCUUCCCCCCCCCCUCCAUUUCUGUUUAUUUGUUUAUUGUUUUCUUUAAUAAAUGAAGAGGCUGUUGCUCGAAGCCGGAGCUUCUGUGCCUGCCCGACGGGAGGUUGCAGCAUGGCAGCUUGGUGGUAUGGGGAUGCUGGAGGCACAGGGGGGAGCAGUGCUGCCUCUGCAGGGUGACAUGGAAGCUGGCUGUUUGCAGGAGGUCUGGUUUGUUCUGUGCUCGUGUUCGGAGCGGGGCAGAGCUGUGUUGUGCAUUAGUUGGGGCAGUGGCUGCAGUGGACGCCUGGGGAUGGUUUGGUUUGGUGCCGGUGCGUACGUGAGGAGCUUUUCCAGCAGGUUCCCUGAUUUUUAUUGAUAAAGUAAAACAGGGGAGGAGGUAUCUGAUGGCUUGGAGCCAUUCUUCCCCCUGGAAGGGGUUAAACAAACGCCAACAAACUGGCUUGGUUUGGGGGACCUGUUCCCAGCCCUGGUGCUUGCAUGGCCCGUGGUUGGGGUACCCCAAGCUGUGCCAGAGGACUGACCUCAAACGCUGUCAUUUUUCAACUUGUGCAAACAGAUGGAGUGAAAAAGGAGAUUCGUGGGUGCGAGGAGAGACACUGCGAUGGGGCAGUGGUUAUGGGGCAGUGGAUGGUUAUAGGGCUGAGGCACGCACGUGUGCCCUCGGUUGGUGUGGACGCUAUCAGGGAAGCGCAGAUACCCCAAAUACCAGAGCCUCAAGGAGGGCUGCGUGGCAGCAUGAGGAUAAGAUUGGAGAUUUUAGGCCUUUUGGAGGUGUUUUGACAUUUGAGUUUAUUUAUGGCCGUUUCAUGAACGCCCGCUAUCGCCGUUACGUGCUGCAGCUGGCAUUGAUGCUGACCGGUCUGUGGCAGCAGGGCUGUGCUGAAUUAGGCGUAGGGGAUUACAUCUGAGCGGGUUACAGGGCCGCCAGGGCAUGUGGAGCAUUCAUUUAUCUCCUGCAAGCUGCGCGUCCAGAGCCGUUUGUCAGCCCCUUGGCGGGGCACAGCCAACGCUUGGCAGCGUGCGAGGAAGCUGCCCGUGCUGGGCAGACGUCCCCAGCACUGCGGUGAUGAUGAGUUGCACAUCAAGUCAACGUGAGUCAAGCGUACGGUGCUCCGAGCCAACCGCCAAAAAGCUGACCUCAAAAGUCCCUGAGAUGUAUCGGGGUGGGAAAACGCCCGCAGUCAGCGUCCCCUUCUUACUGCCUUCCCGUGGCCCACGUCCCCAUCAGGGGUGUGUCAGAGCCCAUCAGGGGAUGUGGGGACUGUCCCUGUGCAGGGGGGAGGAUGCUGGCUCUGUGCUGCUGCGCCUCGGCAGUGACAUUCAUUGUCCCUUCGGCUCCUAUCGGGACAGCUCAUGAUGGAUUUUAAAGCACGUUUAAUGAUAGCGAGGGCUAAUGGCUUACGUGUCCUCCAGGGCUGGUGUGAUUUUUAGCAAUCCCUUUUAAAGGCGCCUUCCCAGAGUAGAAGGCAAUUCCAACCCUAUCACCGCCGUCUCAUUGCUACCUGUGGGUCCUCGUCACACGCGUCCCUCUGCCGCCGGCCCUUUGGGUGAUGCUUCCCGGAUGACUCAGGAGCCCAAAUGCCAUCCUCAGAAGCCCUUUUGAUGCUGUGUGGCUGAGCUGCCCCCAGCAGAGCCCCAGCGCCUGCCCCAGGCUGUCUCUCCCCAGCCCACGAGGGAUGGAUGCCCUAUGAGUCCCUCUCGUUAGUACAUACCCAUUUCUUUGAUGUGCACAUGGCCAUUCCCACCCCAUAGCAUUGCUAACCCCGGUGCACACAGCCCUCCCUGCCCAGCGCAGGGCUUCGUCGUGGGUCAUUACCCAAAUAAUGAGCUUUAUGCCUAUUUUUUUCCCCCUUCUUGCCACGGAGCUCAGCUUUCCAUGCACCCCUGGCUUUGUCCUAAUGGAACCUGUUUAUAAUCUGAAAGUUCCAACAGCACCAUUUUCUGCACAGAGAUUCCCUCUGGGGGGGAGGGUGGGUUGUUCCAGCCUUGUUGCACUUGUUUGGCCGUUCUGUUUGCUCCCAGCACUUUGGAAACGGUGACACAGCGGGCGGAUGUUUAUUUCUGGGGGGGGUGCACAGCACGGGCAGGCUGGGGACCGUGGCAUAGGGGCAGGAUGGGGCUGGGAUGGCGAUGCACUGCCCCCAUCCCCAUGGCAGCACCCAGACUCCAUCCCCAUCCCUGCAGGACCGUGGCUCCUUGCUCAUGGAUCCGGGCAGCUCGCGUGUACUGUGCCCCCGUCCCACCUGCAGCCAGCCCUAAGUGGUGUAAGAAUGGUUUACCCCAGUUUCCCUCGAGCUUAGUUUCCCUCUGAUUAGACAAACAACUUCAAGCUGUACAUCUUAAUUUGAUUUGAAUAAGCCUAUCGCUCGCCAUGAAGUUUUUUUCCUCCCGUUUAUUCCCCCCCCCCCCUUCCCCUUCUAAAUCUGCUGUCACUGCUAUGCGUGACCGUAAAUGAUUAAAAGCUUUGUAGGAAUAUUUCUUCCCCCCACCCCCCGCCCCGUGGAAUCCCAGACACAUUACUUGGGUCAUGUCUUGCUGUCCCUGGGAGGCGGUGGGACGAGGCUGCUGCAGUUGUGCUCGCUGCAGGGCUGCCACAGCCCCAUCCUCUGGGGCUCUUUGCCAUCCACACCACCACCAAACCUAUAACAGUGGCAAUACGGAAUAAUAAUUAGGGCACUCAAAGAUGCACGUCAUCAAAGUAAGGCUGUUUUCCAUGAAUGUUCAUGGGGGGGGCUGGGCAGUGGGAGCCUCCAGGUGAUGGAUGGCCCAAGUCUGGUGUGCGACAUCGCUGCACGGCAUCGCAUCCUGCGGUGGCUCUGCGGCACUGCCCGAUGCUCACAGGUGGCACAGGGUGGGCUGCUCGCAUCCCUGCUUCAUUUUGCAAGCUGAUGAGCCUUUGGGUUCCUUCCCCCCUCCCCCCCCCCCACCCUAUUGCCAGCAUCAUCCUUGGGGAGAAAACUCAGCCGUCAGCUCCGCUCGGGCGGGCAGCGCCGCUCAGAAAUGUCAGCUGCUCAGAAGAGGAUUUUUCUGGGUCAGCGUUGGUGCAGCAGAAGUGCUGGCGCAGCCUCGUUCACCACUCCGUGCCCAAACAUACCCGCACGGCCCCGACCCCUGCGAGGCUCCUCCUGGGUGUGAAUAUGGCACUGGCAGGGAGGCCUCUAGAUGUGACCCUCGGCAGCUCCAGACCUGAGCAGUGGAAUAUGGUUUUUCCCCAGAAAGACGAAAUCAUCACCAGCUUAGUGUCUGCCUUAGACUCCAUGUGCUCCGCGCUGUCCAAGCUGAACGCCGAGGUGGCCUGCAUUGCUGUGCAUGACGAGAACACCUUUGUGCUGGGCACUGAGAAGGGCAGAGUCUUCCUCAGUGCCAGGAAGGAACUGCAGGCUGACUUCCAGAAGUUCUGCCGAGUCCAGCAGCGCAGGGAGCAGGACGCAGAGGCGCAGAAGAAGGCAAAGGAGUGCGGGCGAAGCGUGCUCAGGGUCUCCCCGGACCAGGGAUCAGACGUGUACCUCCUCAGGAAGAUGGUAGAGGAAGUGUUUGAUGUGCUUUAUAGUGAAGCAGUGGGGAAGAGCAGCGUGGUCCCUUUGCCCUACGAGCGCUUCCUGAAGGAGCCGGGGCUGCUGGCGGUGGCCGGCUUGCCCGAGGGGAUCAGCUUCAAGAAACCCAUGGAGUACGACGUGAAGUCCCUGAUGGCCAUUUUAGAGCACAGCCACAGCAUCCGCUUCAGGCUAAAAAGGCCGGCGGAUGAGCCCAGCAGAGAGCCGAACCCUAGCGUAGAGUUGACUUGUACCUCCCUCGUGCCCAAGGGCGGCCGAGACCCCGGUGCCAACAGCCACACGGCCAAACCCUCCGGCCAGGACGCUCCCCCCGCCGUAGCCGUGACCAAUUUCUUAUAUGGUGUCUCGCUGCCUACGCAGAUCGCCAUGGACCUAAAGCAGGAGGUGUCCUCCGGUCUGCACGGGGCGACCGUGGCCAGUGAGGUGCUGCUGCCCAGGCCCUCGGGAGAGCUGAAGGUGCCUUCCUCACAGGAGUACAGCGACUGCUGUGGACAGAAAUCAGCUGUCUCCGGGGGUCCUCUCAUCCAGAACGUGCACUCAUCCAAGCGCAUCCUCUUCUCCAUUGUCCACGACAAGACAGAUAAGUGGGACAGUUUUAUAAAAGAAACUGAAGAUAUCAACACCCUUAGGGAGUGCGUGCAAAUUCUGUUUAACAGCAGAUAUGCUGAAGCCCUGGGGUUGGACCACAUGGUCCCAGUCCCAUACCGGAAGAUUGCGUGUGACCCCGAGGCGGUGGAGAUCAUUGGCAUCCCUGACAAAAUACCCUUCAAAAGACCUUGCACCUAUGGGGUCCCCAAACUCAAGCGGAUACUGGAGGAGAGGCACAACAUCCAUUUUGUCAUCAAAAGGAUGUUUGAUGAGAGAAUUUUCACAGGAAGUAAAUUUACCAAAGAUCCAACCAAGCUGGAACCCUCCAGUCCUCCCGGGGAGAUCUCCCCCGAGCCGCACCGCGGGGCCGUGCUGGACCUGGCGGGGACGUCGCAGGCUGCCAGCAGGUCAGAGAAAUGCAGCCUUCCCGAAAGCUGUGAACCAGGUACUUCAGGAGAGCUGGGUGGGAUCAGACAGAUCAAAAUCGAGCCGGAUGAGCUGGACAUCAUUCAGAUCACUGUUCCAGACCGAUCGCCCGGUUCAGAUGAGAUGCAUGACCCGGCGACCACGCACGUGGCCUCGGAGGAGUCGAGCUACAUCCUGGAUGCAGUAGCAGGAACAGAGAAGGGGCCUGGUGAGGAGCCACGACACGAAGAGAAGCAGAUGGAGGGAUCAGAUGGUAUAGGGGACGUUUUGAGUCAUUUGAGGAAGCAAGUAGAAAUGUUGUUCAACACGAGAUACGCGAAAGCCAUAGGAAUAUCAGAGCCGGUCAAAGUUCCCUACUCCAAGUUCCUGAUGUACCCUGAGGAUCUGUUUGUGGUAGGUUUGCCAGAGGGCAUCCUGCUGCGGCGUCCCAACUGCUUUGGGAUUGCAAAGCUGAAGAAGAUCCUCCAAGCAAGCAACAACAUCCAGUUUGUCAUUAAAAGGCCGGAGCUGCUGGCGGAGGGCAUUAAGGAGAUGGCUUUGGACAGCCCAGGAGCUAAAGCUGCCAGCGACUGUGGUGAUGCACUGCUGGACGACGCAGUGAAGAGACAGGGCUUCCAAGAAAAUUAUGAUGCCAGGCUUUCCAGAAUAGACAUUGCUAACACACUGCGGGAGCAAGUCCAGGACCUGUUCAAUAAGAAAUACGGUGAAGCCUUGGGGAUUAAAUACCCCGUACAAGUGCCAUACAAGAGGAUCAAGAGCAAUCCGGGCUCGGUGAUCAUUGAAGGACUGCCUCCUGGCAUCCCCUUCCGCAAGCCAUGCACCUUUGGCUCGCAGAACCUGGAGAGGAUAUUGGCUGUAGCUGAUAAAAUCAAGUUCACAGUGACGAGGCCUUUCCAAGGACUCAUCCCCAAGCCCGCCCCUAGACGGAUAACGUCAUUGGAAAAAGCGUACGCUGCUUUGAAUGAUGAGGAUGACGCCAACAGGCUCGGGGAGAAGGUGAUUCUCCGAGAGCAAGUGAAAGAGCUUUUCAAUGAAAAAUACGGAGAAGCUCUGGGCUUGAACCGACCCAUCAUGGUGCCCUAUAAACUCAUCAGGGACAGCCCCGACGCGGUGGAGGUCACCGGCCUGCCGGACGAUAUCCCUUUCCGUAACCCCAACACCUAUGACAUCCACCGGCUGGAGAAGAUCCUGAAGGCACGGGAGAGCAUCCGGAUGGUGAUUAUCAACCAGCUCCAGCCGUUUUCCGAAAUCUGCACUGAGGCCAAACCAACAGAAAAAGACAGCAGUGUUCCCAAGCGGAAGAGGAAGAGGAUCUCCGAAGGGAACUCAGUAUCUUCCUCUUCCUCAUCUUCCUCUUCCUCCUCUUCCAAUAUGGAGUCUACGUCGUCAACAAAUCAGAUCUCGCUUGUGCAAUGGCCCAUGAACAUGUACAUGUUAGACUAUGGUGGUCUAAAUGUCCAGAUCCCAGGACCUAUUAACUAUUAGACCUCAAUACCGAAUAAGAACCUCAAAUGAAAGAAUAAAUAAAUAAAUGUAAUUUAUGUAAAAAGUGUAUAUUCCAAUAUGUAUCAAUGCCUUUUAGUUUUUCCAAUGAUUUUUACACUAUAUUCCUGCCAUCAAGGCCUUUUUAAAUAAAAAUAAAAAGUGUUGCCUUGCUCUUAAAA